AUGAGACGAGAGGAUGGCCGGUCUUUGGACGCUAUACGGUCGCUCAGGAUAUCACUCGGCCAGCUCUCCAAGUCAGAUGGCUCAGCUUCCUUCUCAUUCGGUCAAGUCAGCGUACUGGCGGCAGUGAGAGGACCGCAAGAGGUCUCGCUCAAGCGUGAGCUCGCUGAUCGAGCAGCGCUAGAGAUCACCGUCCUGCCCGUUCGCGGACUGCCAGGGCCAGCUGCAAAGGCAGUAGCCAGCAUGAUCACGCCCGUGCUCGUCUCACUGCUCUUGCUGCAUGCUCACCCACGAUCGCUGCUACAACUCACACUACAGACGACAUCCCUGCCCUCGAGUCGGUUUUCAAAAGCAUUUCGGACCUACCGACCAGACGAAGUACUCGAAUAUGAGCAUGCAGACGAUGAGAAAGGAGGUCCCCUGCUCGACUCGGCCGUCGAAAAAGCAGCUGCAUUCAACGCGAGCAUGCUGAGCCUGUUACACGCGUCGAGUGUAGGCAUGCGAGGCACAGCGUUCGCCGUCGCAUUGGCUCUGUUGCCGGAGAGCGCCUUGCAAGCUGAUCAGGCUACUCUGGGCACCGUCAUACCUGAUGCGAGCGAUGAUGUCAUGCAAGAAGAGACAGCGCGCGAUCGCGUCUGGGCUAUAGCUACGGCUCCAGCAUCGGGGGCGCGGAGGGAGAGCUCUGCUUGUGUGAGCUCUCUGGUGGCUGUACAGAGGAAGAGCUCGGCCGGGCACUGA